GACCGGAACGAGACCUGGCUGCGACUCGCCGAGGGCAUGACGGCUGCGUGCGUGGAGCUGUGGACGCGGACGAAGUCAGGUCUCGCACCCGAGUACAUCCGUGUCAGCCCCACGCCGCCCCACGACUACGUCCCCGAGAUCCCCGCCGCCGCCCGGCAUUCGUUCCUGCGCCCGGAGACG